AUGGCUUCCACAGAAUCCACCGGCGACCUCCACAUCGAAGCUCAAAACGUCCAAACCGCACCCGGCGUCUCCCUUUCCGGAUCGCAGAAGACCCUCGUCGGCUCCGUCCUCGACCUCUUCGCCGGCCGCCCUUCUCUGGCCAAACUCGCCCUCUGGAAAGACGACGCCGAGUUCGUCGAUCCCCUAACGAUAGCCAAAGGCCGCAAACAGUACCAAGCACAGUGGUACGGUCUGCAAACCGCCUUUUCCGAAAUCGAACGUCAACAUCAAGAGGUCACGAGUGCUGGCAACCCAAUCGAAUUGGAUCUGAAGACUAGAUACGUCGUCAAGGGCAUCGGGAAGGAGCAAGUCAUUCAGAGCAAGGUGCUGAUCCACACGGAAGGGGAUAAGAUUACAAAGGUGGAAGAUAGAUGGGAUGGCAAGUUGCCGGAGAGUGGAAUUGCGAAUGUGAGUUCCGUGUUGCAAUUGUUGAACCCGUUCUGGUGGAUGAGGUAUGCCGAGGGUUGGGCCUUUUGGUGUUGGAGUUUGACGUGGGAGACGCUGCCUUGGAAGGUGUGGGCCUUCUUGAUUCCCUUCGCCUCGUUCUCGACUAGUCGUCAUCCAGCGAUCUUGAAGCAAUUGCUAAUCAUCACUACUUUCACAGGCUUUCCAAAGACUUAACGCUGUCACCGUGCCGAACGUCGUUGGCGUGCCCAAGAAUGCCGAGGAAGAUGCCAAGAAGGGCAACUAA